AUGAAACAGGGCUUCGAUAUCGGAGAAGAUCUCUUGGACGUUUACUCCGACUACGACGUGGAUCAAUAUCAGACCGGGGAGGACGUUAUAGAUGAUCAUGAAACCAUAAUUUCACCCCCCUCCAACACCUAUUCCCCUUCUUUCAUCCCCCCGUACGAAUCAGACCCAAUGGAAGGCGUGGAUCUCGGACAGUUCGGUGUUAGACCAUGCGAUCGCAAAGUGGAUUUGUACAUCCUUCAACCCGAUAAGUUGAAUACCAGCGGCCAAAGCAACCCUCUUAAAGGAAAGUUGACGAAUUGUCAUAAUAGUGGCUGCGAAAGGCCAUUUAGUGUACAGAAAAUUCCUCAUAGUAAUUUAAUUCUUCUCGUUGUGGACACGGUAUGUCCCUGUGGUAGCAAACAGUUGAGCAUCGCUCCCCAAGAAGUUGGUUAUGAAUCGAAGAAUGGCGGCUGUUUACACAAACCUAAAGACAGCCUCUACAGAAGGAGGCCACCUAAAUGUAUAAAUUACCAUCCUGAGGAAACAGAAAUUCACAUUUGUGGAAGGGCAGCGUCAAUGCCUCCGAACAUCGGUACGCUGUUGUUAGGCAUUACCAGUUGCCUUGUUGCGUCUCUAUCGUGAUUAAAUGUAAAUUAAAAUUAGGGUCUGAAUAAUAAAUUUCAACAUAACGUGGAU